GUACGUUCCCUUUAGUAUAGCAUAUCCUAUUAGCUCUAUGGAAGGGUGCCGGUGACACACCUAUUCUUAGCCUCGUGAUAAGAAAUAGCGAUAUUGGGGGUCGGUAACGGAUCAACAGGUGCGCAAAACGUCGUGAUGAAGUUGCUAUCUGCCUUGUCCGCAGUCAGUCCAAGCAAUGUUGUCACUUGACGAUCGAAAGACGCCGCCUAUACUGAAUACAGUUGUUGUAGGAAGAAAAAGACAUCGAUGAGAGGAGUAUAAAAACUGUAAGGGAUAGCCACUUGAGCUCCAUUCGACAACACUUCAAGCAACGGCUUAACCACAUGAACCACAACAUUGACAUCAGUUUCGAAGAUGCAUUGUCAAUAUACUCUCCUCGUUCUCCUCGCCUCUGCCAUCGGCACUUCGGCUCGAGCCAUAGCAACGCGAGCGCUGAAAGACAAUCCCGACGAAGGCGUCUACCUUGUCGAUUGCGGUUCGACUAUGAAUGAAUCUCCCUCCGACCUAAGCGUGCACGAUUAUGUUUACUACUAUAACAAUGACGCCGAUGGUCAGAAAGGGGAAUAUCCCGAAAUCACUGCCACGCCCACCGAUCCAGGGCCACACGACGGCUUCAUCUACCACAUUAACUGGGAUAGCGGCACGCAGUCCGAACCCAUCACCGCAGACCUGCAGGGCCGGAAGUUCAGUCUGUACAACCUGGAAGACGACGGCAGUGCCAAGAAAGGCGACAGGAUUAAGGCCAUCGCCAAGCUCGAUAACGAGGAACUGAGCUGCUACAAGUAUGGCGGGGAGGUACCUGACAGCCUUGCGAACGGAAGCCUGUUUAAAUGCUCUGCGUAUUACCGCUGCACUCGCGACUCUCACUGGUCGCGAUCUGCGAAAAUGAUUCUCUACAACGCCACGACAACCGUAAGCGACUACCAUAUCUGCGGCACCGGCCAGACGGCCGAUCCCUACUUUGCCUUCGGCCAGUACUCAACAUGGGCCGAGACCAUGCAGCAACCCGGCUACGGGUAUAAACUCGGCGGGAAAAAAAAAUGCAGCAUCUCCUUCAGCACCUCCAACGUCGACCAGAACAGCACCUCUCCCAUCAGCGUAGGAGACGUUACGCGCUUCUGGUACUCCGCCGUCGCGCCCAGCAUCGCAAAAUCAAUCGAGUACAAGGAGGGGCAGAUAGACUACUGCUCGAUCACUUAUCCAUCCGGCGGCUAUCUGGCCGUCGUGCAGACGCAGGACGAGAAUCCAGAUGUGCAUGACGAGCUCCAGUAUCACUUCCAGGUUAGUUGUGAGGAUAAGAAAUGCGAUUCGCAGACAGCGGUUUCAGUAAUUACGAAUAUCCUAGGCGGGAUUGCAGGCUUUGCCACUUCCCUGGGAGCGGUUCCUGGGCUUAUUCAAGGCGGUGUUACUGCGGCUAAUGUCCUUUGCGGUUUUGGCUAAGGAGGCUAGGGCUGAUGCUCAAUUGUUUUCGAUUGUAAACAUUUUGCUUCAUUUCUUGAAGGUGUGCUUGGAGGAGUGACAAAGAGAUUUUUGUAUUUAUAACGUUGCUCGAAUUGAUG